AUUAUAAUAUUCACGAGGCACAGGGGAAGAAGCCAUCAUUGUCGCUGGCGAAGAUCCAUUAUAUAAUUACAAAAGUUCAAAUAAACAUGAAAUCUUGUUAUUGAAGUUUGAUUUUGGAAGAUUGUUUGUGAAGAAGAUGGGAAGUUUGGGAGCGAUUCUGAAACAUCCUGAUGACUUUUACCCGUUGCUGAAGCUGAAAAUGGCGGCGAGGAACGCCGAGAAACAGAUCCCUCCGGAGCCACACUGGGGCUUCUGUUACACCAUGCUUCUCAAGGUUUCUCGCAGUUUCGCCCUCGUCAUUCAGCAGCUUGGUCCCGAGCUUCGCAACGCCGUUUGCGUAUUUUAUUUGGUUCUUCGAGCACUCGAUACCGUUGAGGAUGAUACUAGCAUAGCUACAGAUGUCAAGGUGCCAAUACUAAUAGCUUUUCAUCGUCACAUAUAUGAUCGUGAUUGGCACUUUUCAUGUGGCACUAAGGAGUACAAAGUUCUAAUGGACCAGUUUCAUCAUGUUUCAACUGCUUUUGCGGAACUUGGAAAGAACUAUCAGGAAGCAAUUGAGGAUAUUACGAAAAGAAUGGGUGCUGGAAUGGCCAAAUUUAUUUGCAAAGAGGUAGAAACAGUUGAUGACUACGAUGAAUAUUGUCACUAUGUAGCAGGACUUGUUGGGCUAGGUUUAUCAAAGCUUUUCCAUGCCUCUGGUUCAGAAGAUCUGGCUUCGGAUUACCUUUCCAAUUCAAUGGGCUUGUUUCUUCAGAAAACAAACAUUAUUCGAGAUUAUCUGGAAGACAUCAAUGAGAUCCCCAAGUCUCGCAUGUUUUGGCCACGACAGAUCUGGAGUAAAUAUGUUAAUAAACUUGAGGAUUUGAAAUGUGAGCAGAACUCUGUUAAGGCAGUGCAAUGCUUAAAUGACAUGGUCACUAAUGCUUUGAUGCAUGCUGAAGAUUGCUUAAAAUACAUGUCUGCUUUACGAGACCUGGCUAUAUUUCGCUUUUGUGCUAUUCCCCAGAUAAUGGCAAUUGGAACACUUGCAUUAUGCUACAACAACAUUGAGAUCUUCAGAGGUGUAGUUAAAAUGAGGCGAGGUCUAACUGCCAAAGUGAUUGACCGAACAAAGUCUAUGGCUGAUGUCUAUGGUGCUUUCUUUGAUUUUGCUUCUAUGUUGGAGUCCAAGGUUGACAAAAAUGAUCCCAAUGCAACAAAAACUUUGAGCAGGCUGGAAGCUAUACAGAAAACAUGCAGAGAAUCUGGUCUCCUAAGUAAAAGGCAUGAAAUCUUUUAAUAUGGGGAAUGAGAACAGAUAUAGCUCAACCAUGAUUAUCAUACUGGUCAUGCUGUUUUCCGUCAUUUUUGCUUACCUCUCUUCCAACCACCAAAGUAACUAGUAUAAGUUCUACUGUUAGUUUUAAUGUACUGUAGAAUUUGUAAGAAAUUAACAAAAAUUAUCGGUUAUCCUUUCUGAUAAAAUUGUUCACUCCUUUGUAUUUUGUAACAACUGGCUUUGUUGCCUUUCUAAUCAUCGAUAGCAACGAAGCACUGAUAGCUAGCAAUAUUCAUUUAA